AUGCCUGGGGAGUUUGGAAUAAUCAUAACCAAGGCAAGAAGGAGCUCAAUCAGCCAAAGGCGAAGGGCGAGAGUCGGGGCUCGCAUCCGGAGCUGCUUUAGAUAUCAUUUUCCUAGUUCCGUUUACCACGCUCCUCACACCACGCCUUCAUCUUCCCACCUCAACGUCUGGUCAACUUCUACAAUACAGAGACUCCAGAGACCUCAUUACUCGCACAUAAUUGCAGGCCCUCGCUCUCUAAGCAAGGCCGUUUUGCGCUUUGUUUGCUUUGCCGCCCCUUCAGCACUCUUCUUCGGAACCUGUGGAAGCGCACCCCCAAACUUGGCAUUCGCCUUUGAAUUGCCAGGCCGACCUACCUCCGAUCUUCGGGGAAGAGACCAAAAGCGAAGUCCAGUCUUCCGAGUAGCCUGGUUCUGUACCAUCCUUCGUCUUCUACACACAACUUGCUCCCCUCGCGGCCAACAACGCAUCUCAACGAGAUCACCUCGAGUUCUCCAAGAGCAGACGCUUUACAACUCAGCAAGGGUCAGCAGUGAGGCUCGAUCUUGCUUCUCUCCAUCGCAUAUUACACAUACGACGCAAGACUUGGUUUGCACCUGGUACCCUUUGACUCCACUACUCCUUCCACCACAUUGCGCACAGUUUGUUUCUCCCUAUGCCAAAGACUCCUCCACAAUACUGUUCGGCUGGGAGAAAUUUUCUUCCAACGCACUUCUAAAUACUCUCAGCGAUUUUGCUUUGCGCAAAAUUGCUACCGCAUUGUUCUCACUUUCCCCUCCACUCCAGGCUGCAUCUGCACCACCCCCUUCCACAGUCCAUUCCUUCCAUCAUACAAACACCAUUCCCAGACUUCAAGCCAGACGCAAAUCAGUAUCUCCAAGGGCCAACCCAACGAGCAAGAUGAGCCAAAACUGGACCGGAAGCCCCACCGGGGACAACGGCGCAUACCCCAGCAAUGAGGGUUGGGACUUCCCUGCGCAGGUCUACCAGCAAAACUUGAAUGAGGCCGCAGCUGCUGCGUUGAAUGAGGAUCCGUUUCAUCAACCGGCUACCCCUGAUGACUUUGAGGCCGCUGCUGUUGCUUUGGAUAAGGUUCAGUCUCAUCAGCUGGCUGCCCUUGAUGGCUUGGGUGGCUUUCAGGGAGAUCUCCAGUACGACGGCCAAGUCAGCAUUGGAGAUGCCCAGGACGACGGUCAAGUCAAGUUAUCCAGCCAAGAAGAUGGCCAGGACGACGACCCAGCCUACCAAGAAGACCGGUACGAAGAGGAGGCUAGCGAUGAAGAUAUCAAGUACGAAGUCGAGUCCGACCAAGGAAACAGACACCAGCAGGCGCUUGACAUUAUGAUUGCCGAUGGUGUCUACAAGGGUCUUCUUCCCACCCAGGCCGACUACCACAAGGAGAAUCGGAUCAACAAAGAGUUGUGGGAGUUGAAGAGACUUGGCACUGUAGGACCUGACUUGGAUGAUGUUUCGAUGCAGUAUUGGAUUGGUCGGCUCUUCGUGGCUUUCAAGAAUGUCAAUGAUAUCAAAGACAAGCCUUGCAAGAAUGGUAAACCCGCCCAGUCGGCUCAGCGGCUUGGUGGCAGUUACUAUCCUGAUAUGGCCAUUGAGAUGGUUUGCUGGCGAAUUGUUAUCGAAUGCUCCACGGCCCACUACGGAGUCCAACUCGUCGAGCCGCACCACGGUACCAAGGUGGAGAAGUACGAUUCCUUCGCGCACCGGAUGGAGAAGAUUGUGGAUGUUUGCAAGACCUCAAAGGCCACAUGCAAGCAGCUUCUUGACCCUCCUUACCACCGCCGCCUUAUUGACGCUCCAGAGAAUGAAGCCAGCGUGAAGGAGAACAACAAGAGACUCAACUCGAAGCGUGAUGUCCAGAAUAUAAUCGGCCGUCAGACGAUGAAGGAGAAGAACAUCAAGAUUGAGGAUCUAUUGGGCGCGAACUCUGAUCUCGACGAGGCAUACGAAUCAGAGAACGAAGAUGGAGAGAACGUCUAUUACACGACUCCGACUUCCACCCGUAAGCGUACUCCAGCUUCAAAGCAUCGAUCCACCUCCGGCAGAACUAUAUUCAGGAAGCUUGAUUUCUCCAGCCCCCUCGAGACAACCCCCCUCUCUCUGAAGCGCAAGCGCAGAGCAGUGACCUCGAAGAACUACAAGGAGGAUGAGGAUGACGAGUCGGAGGACACGGAUAUCAGCGAGUACAAGGAAGAGGGCGAGGCUACUGAAGGCAAGGGCUCUGCCAAGAGACCAACCACCAAAUCCUCCCGAGCCAUGGCUCCUAGCCCAACUCCCACUCGCCCUCGCGCUGCUCCCCGCAAGCAAUAUGCUGAGAAGUGUUUGCCUGGUACACAUCCCGCCCGUACACAAUCACAAGGUGACCUUCAAUCUGCCUUCGGCGACCAACCUCAUGCUUCCGGCUCUGGAGCAGAUGACCAACCUCUUGGUUCUAACUCCAAACCGUCUGGUCAACAUCAAGGCUCUUUGAGCUCUGGUUCCCACAGUCAGCUUCACAGUGUUACCAGCUCUCAAUCUUCUGCUGCCAGGAAGCCAUACACCAUUCCUGGCCCUGCCGAUGACAACGCUGAUGACGGAAAGAUGGAGUACAAGCUUAUCCUCUGUGAUCUUCUCCAAGUCGACAGACAGCUGGCACAGAUCUAUACUCUUCAGGAGUUCCGAACCUACGCACGAGCGUACAACCUCCAAUUCGCCGGUAAGCCGUGGGAGAUGACUACGCACGACGGCGGCAAGCACACUUGCAUGAUGUUCCGUAUCCCCCUUCCCAACGGCACCUACAUCGCUCACUUCUGCUUCUUCUUGUUCAAGCUUGCUCAUCUUGCUGUCGGUCGAGGCGACCUCAAGCUGGACGCGACCUUCAACCAUCGCAGUCCGCACAUCGCAGGCUUCUCGACCGACGGAGAUGCUCGCCUCGACAUGGCUCUCGGUGUCAUCCCAAAUCCAUUUGGAAUGGUUCACCCUCGACUUCUGGAUGCCAACCAUUACGAAGGCUAUGCUGGCUACGAAUAA